GUGUGUUGAGAGAGCGCUGCAGGCAGCAGGGAUCUUAGUGAGUGAGAGGACAGCACCGCUGCCCUGCUCUCUAUCACUCAGCUGUCAACACACACACGCGCGCUCAGUACUCCCACUCCCUCCCCACUACUCACGCGGCCGCGGUGCAAUUUAAAAGUAGGACAAAAACCCGUUAUCCGCGACAAAUAACACUGUAAUAAAACAGCAGGGAACAGGCCUCGAACUUCUUGUCCGAAGUCCAGCGCGCUAUCGACUGUGCGGCUAAAACAUGCUCAUGCGACAUCGAUGUCCGCGCGUAUAAACCCAGGGUCGUUACAAUACAUUUUCACCCCCGACAUCGUUUUCAAAGUAGACUAAUUUUCGGAAAACUGGGGACAUGGCAGCGCUGAUGUAAAUAACCACAGACUUUCGACAUUGCCGCCUAUCGUGCAGGCGAUUUACCAAUGACCACAUUAAGGUUUUGAUCCUCUUGAACACGGCCAUUAUUUUUGAGUAAAAUACCUGUGAGUUUGUGCUACCAUCUUGUGGUCAGGCAUGUAUAAUACUUGUCAAAUCUGCACACUGAUUUUUUAUAUUAGCCUGUAUCAGUCGUAUGUAAUAUUCAUAUAGCUGACAAUUUAACACCGGCUCUGAUUUUUUAAGUGAUUUUUAAUAUUUUCACUAUUUGCUGUUGAAAAUCUGAAAUGUGCAGUUGAAUUUCUAGAGCACGGAACUAGUUAAUCAGAUACUGGGGACUACAUUUGUGAUGCACUAGUACAAUUUCGUGUUCUUCCAGUUUAGCUUGAGCUGUUGUUCAUUGCAGAAACAACAACACUCUAAAAGGCACAUCUGCUGGCUACUUCGGUCAUGUUUCAGAAUUCUUUAAGAUGAGUCAAUGAAACUCGGGAGUAUUCAAAGGUUUGUCAAAUAUGUGAUUGUUUUACGGGGCGUAGGACCUCUGCCUGUUUCUGUAAGGCAUUUGACAGUCGUGAAGAACUUCGACACAUCCUUGCUCGAAUUUGUUGUUUGUCCACUAUCCAAUUGAGGUACGAGGUAAAUACCAAUGAACUCAUCAACGAGGAGCUUGGCAUCGCAUACCCGAUAUUUAAUGGGAUUCCCAACAUGAUUCCCAAUAUGCAAGAUUGAUUAAAAAAGAACCUGAAACACCAGUGAAACCAGCACAGCAGGCAUAAAACACAAACAGUGAAGACUCAAGAAGAUCUUGACCCUGAACAGUGUUUAUAUUAGUUGUUAGCUAGAAGUCAAUAUGUUAUCUCUCUCUACCCUCACAGUACUGGUUCCUAUAGUCUCCCUAUUUGGACUUUUCUAUUCUGCAACUGUGGAUGAUAAUUUCCCUCAGGGAUGUACAAGCACUAGCAGUGUGUGUUUCUACAGUCUUCUGUUACCAGUCACCAUCCCAGUCUAUGUGUUUUUUCAUCUAUGGAAGUGGAUUGGAAUCAAGCUAUUCAGACACAAUUAGUGUACGCUUGCUUUACAUGAAUAGUGUUUCAGUUGAAUGUCACUAAUAAUAAAGGUUAUCAAUUAGUGAUGUGUACUGUGGUGAUGGCAUUGCACAUGAAGCUGCUAUUGCUACCACAGCUAAUGAUCCACUAAAUGACUGUAAGAAGAAAAUUACAAAUUAAGAAACUUCAUUUGAUGAGUGACAUACAAUUUCUUCCAUAAAAUGUGCAUUAAUACAUGUUUUUAUUGAAUGUGUUUUUAAUUAAACUUAGAAAACAUAUAAAACUAUAAAAUUAACCUAUUUUGGAAACCUAGGACAAAGAACGCCACAAAGCAAAUGUAUCCUUGUGAAUGACUAUCACUAAUAAAAUUGUAUUGUUUUUGA